AAUGGGUUCACUGACGGUCAUGGAUUGGUUACAAUACGGAUGAAACCAGAUGAACAGGGCAGAUUUGGUUUUAAUGUCAAGGGUGGUGCAGAUCAGGGAAUGCCUAUAAUAGUAUCAAGAGUUGCCCCUAAUACUCCUGCCGACCUGUCAAUACCUAGACUCAAUGAAGGUGAUCAGGUUUUAUUUAUCAAUGGUCGUGAUAUGUCACAACAUACCCAUGAACAGGUUGUGAUGUUUAUAAAAGCAUCACGAGAAACUCACUCUGGUGAACUAGUCGUCAUGGUUAGGCCUAAUGGUAAGUUUCAUUGUUUCAAUCUUUAUUUAAUACUACUGUGA